GUCGCCGGGAGCUGGCCAGGAGCAGCAGUCCGCGCCCUGCGUCUCGUCCUGCCGCACCCCGCUCCCCGCAGCUCCCCGGGAGGCUCCGGCUCGAGGUCCCGCUCUCGGUGCCCCUGUCUGGCCCGCGUCCCUCCUCCGGACCCGAGCAGUCGCCAUGGCACAGGUUCUCAAAGGCACUGUGACCGACUUCCCUGGCUUUGAUGAGCGGGCCGACGCGGAAGCUCUUCGGAAGGCCAUGAAGGGCCUGGGCACCGACGAGGAGAGCAUCCUGACCCUGCUGACCUCCCGAAGCAACGCUCAGCGCCAGGAGAUCGUUGACGCCUUCAAGACGCUGUUUGGCAGGGACCUUCUGGACGACCUGAAGUCAGAACUGACCGGAAAGUUUGAGAAGCUGAUCGUGGCUUUGAUGAAGCCGGCCUGGCUGUACGACGCCUACGAGCUGAAGCACGCGCUCAAGGGAGCGGGGACCGACGAGAAAGUCCUGACGGAAAUCAUUGCUUCCAGGACCCCUGAGGAGCUGACGGCCAUCAAGCACGUUUAUGAAGAAGAAUAUGGCUCCAGCCUGGAAGACGAUGUGGUGGGGGACACCUCGGGAUACUACCAGAGGAUGUUGGUGGUCCUCCUUCAGGCUAACAGAGACCCUGACGCCGGAAUUGACGAGUCGCAGGUUGAACAAGAUGCUCAGGUGCUGUUCCAGGCUGGGGAACUGAAGUGGGGGACGGAUGAAGAGAAGUUCAUCACCAUCUUGGGGACACGAAGUGUGUCUCAUUUGCGAAAGGUGUUUGACAAAUACAUGACUAUAUCGGGAUUUCAAAUUGAGGAGACCAUCGACCGAGAGACUUCUGGUAAUUUGGAGCAACUGCUCCUUGCUGUCGUGAAGUGCAUUCGCAGCGUGCCCGCCUACCUCGCGGAGACCCUGUACUACGCCAUGAAGGGCGCGGGGACCGACGACCACACCCUCAUCCGCGUGAUCGUUUCCAGGAGCGAGAUCGACCUGUUCAACAUUCGGAAGGAGUUCAGGAAGAAUUUCGCCACCUCCCUUUACUCCAUGAUUAAGGGGGACACCUCCGGGGACUAUAAGAAAGCCCUCCUGCUGCUCUGCGGGGGAGAAGAUGACUGAGAUGCCACCUGGAGAAGCCCCGCCCCGCGCCACCACCGCCACCUUCCUCAGCACCGCGCACACCCUCAGGCCCGAGCCGGCCCCUUGUCCUACCCCAGGUGCUGCACGCUGACCUCCCGCACGCGCCGCCCAAGCAGCUUGCGGGCUGCUUUCUGAUCCAGUAGGGUCUUCCUCUCCAACUGUUGCCGUCCUCAAGGCCACUCUGUUACUGAGACCAAAGUCCUUGUCGCCUGUAUUUGCCUUCAAGUGGUCCGACUGCCUUUAGCCUUUUAGCAGCUUCAGGGAUAUUAAGUCGAUAACCGUGUUACCUUAACUGGAAGCUUAGCCUGGAAAUUGUGAACACCCGGAGGCCUCCUUAAUCCCGUUUGCCACUGACUUACACCUGGAAAAUCACGGUGGUUUGCAUUCAAACGAUUAACGCAAAAUAAACAUUUCCUUUCCCCUCCAUCGUGCGUGGGCGUGUGUU